UGCUGGUUCAGGGUUGGCUAACACUGUUGCUAAAUUUCGUGUAGAUCAUGGCAGCUUCCAAGCCAGUGGAGCCCCAGUCGGGGACUGGAUUACCCCGCUGGCAGUUGGCGCUGUUAGUCGGGACUCCCAUCGUGCUCGGUGUUGGGGCGGUUUACCUGUGGAACCGCAGCCGGAGGAAGGAAACUAAAAGGACCGGGGAACGGAAAACCCCAGAAGGCAGCGCCAGUCCGGUGCAGGGCCAAGACGGAGCCAAUCGAGAGGAGGAGAGCAUGAGCCCUUUAGAUCGUGCUCAAGCAUCAAAGAACAAGGGGAACAAGUACUUUAAGGCUAGCAAGUACGACAAGGCAAUCCAGUGCUACACAGAGGCCAUUGCUCUCUGCCCCACUGAGCAGAAGAUGGACUUAUCAACGUUUUACCAGAACAGAGCCGCAGCCUACGAACAGCAGAUGAAAUGGACCGAAGUGGUCCAAGACUGCUCUCAGGCUGUACAGCUGAACCCACGCUACAUCAAGGCUCUUUUCAGGAGGGCUAAAGCUCUAGAAAGACUGGACAACAAGAAGGAGUGCCUAGAAGACGUCACAGCAGUGUGUAUACUUGAAGCCUUCCAGAACCAGCAGAGCAUGCUGCUUGCUGACAAGGUUCUGAAACAGUUGGGAAAAGAGAAGGCCAAAGAUAAAUACAAGAACCGUGAGCCCAUGAUGCCUUCUCCCCAGUUCAUCAAGUCGUACUUCAGCUCGUUCACUGAUGACAUCAUCUCCCAGCCUCUGCAGAAGGGGGAGAAGAAAGAUGAAGACAAGGACAAGGAGGGUGAAGCAGCUGAAAUCACUGAGAGCUCUGGCUACUUGAAGGCGAAGCAGUACAUGGAGGAGGAGAACUACGAUAAAAUCAUCAGCGAAUGCACCAAGGAGAUAGAGUCAGGAGGGCGGUACGCUGCGGAGGCGCUGCUGCUGCGAGCCACAUUCUACCUGCUGAUUGGGAACGCCACCGCCGCUCAGCCUGACCUGGACCGGGUCAUCAACAUGAAAGAUGCUAAUGUGAAGCUCCGAGCCAACGCUUUGAUCAAGCGGGGUAGCAUGUACAUGCAGCAGCAGCAGCCUAUCCUCUCCACACAAGACUUCAACAUGGCAGCAGAGAUCGACAAACACAACCCUGACGUGUAUCACCACAGGGGGCAGUUGAAGAUCCUGUUGGAUCAGGUGGACGAAGCAGUGGGAGACUUUGAUGAGUGCAUCCGACUCAGACCCGACUCAGCUUUGGCUCAGGCACAGAAGUGCUUUGCUCUUUACAGACAGGCGUACACUGGAAACUACCCGUCUCAGGUACAAACAGCCAUAGACGGCUUUGAGGACGUAAUCAGAUGUUUUCCUAAAUGUGCCGAGGGCUACGCUCUUUAUGCUCAGGCUCUGACUGAUCAGCAGCAGUUUGGAAAAGCUGAUGAAAUGUACGACAAGUGUAUUGAACUGGAACCAGACAACGCUACAACAUAUGUACACAAGGGUUUGUUGCAGCUCCAGUGGAAACAAGACCUGGACUUGGGUCUAGAGCUCAUCAGUAAGGCCAUUGAGAUUGACAACAAAUGUGACUUUGCCUAUGAAACUAUGGGAACCAUUGAAGUCCAAAGGGGAAAUCUGGACAAGGCGAUAGAAAUGUUCAAUAAAGCCAUCAACCUGGCCAAGUCAGAGAUGGAGAUGGCCCACCUGUACUCAUUAUGUGACGCGGCCUACGCUCAGACGGAAGUGGCCCGCAAGUACGGACUUAAACCUCCGACACUGUAACUCCUCAGCCAGCUGAGCAUCAGUCUUCAUAUCCGAGUGUGAAAACUGAGAUUGUCCAACUUCACUUUGAUGCAUUUAAUAACAAAAUAACAGAAUCUUUAGAAAAAUUAAAAAAAGAAUCCUGAG